AUGGACGGGCGUAGCGAAGUGGCGUUGGCACACCUGGAGCGAGCGGUGGAGGCAGUUGGUUUCCGGAAAAGCGAGCGGUUGCUAGAGAUCAUCGACCGGAUCAACUCGAAGGAGAAGGCGACAUUGGAGGAGGUGGUGUUAUUGUACAAGGAUCUGUAUUUCGAGUUCGCCGCGCUCUGUCGACCACACCUAGGUCCGUUAAUUGCGGGACAUCUGAUCUCAUACCUGGAGGACAACGAGUUGCGAUUGGUGGAGGCGGCGUUGGAUUGGCGGGAGAGACGGUUAUCUGCUCGUGAAUCAGCAGCGGCGGCGGCGGGACGGAAGUUGAGGAUGGCUUGGCACAAUUUUCUGGAGACCGUCGUUUUGGAGCCGGACCUGGGACUGUCGCGGGCUGACAAGGCGGGAUAUUGGGCGGAGCCAGCGGCGACUCCGCGGUUGGCGCAGCGUGUGGCGCAGAUUAAGGAGCGGCGUGAAGUGGCGGAGCAGCUGCAACGAUUGUUGCGGACGGAGUGGGGUGUAGAAAAAGCACACGGCACGGACUUGGUGGCGAGCAGCUAUGAGGUACAGCAGAAGCUGGCAGGUCCGGUGGAGGCGCUAUUCGCUCAACGUGAGGAGGCUCACCUUGUUUCCGUCGAUCGCGGUGUCCAGGCGACACCCUACGAAAACCAGUUUUUGCUAUCGCGCCGUGUGCACGAACUGGUUGUGAAGCGCACACUCCGCGCACGCCACGGAGAAAGCAGCACCGGAACCGGAACCGAGGAACUGGGCGGCGUCGUCGCGUUUAAUGUCCUCAUCGCUCUCGUCCGGGAACUCUGGCGUAACCCGCAAUACCGUGAAAUGAAAACCGCUGCACAACUCCUACGAAGCUUGGCCGGACUUCGUUGUGUACUCGACGUCCUCUUCGUUCACUACGCGGGCAGCGACGGAGGUCCGGUCGGUGGCGGCGGUGGACCACGUGGUGGCGGACCAGGCGAGGAUGGAGCGCUGGCGGUGGGUAAGCACGGGUUCUGGCGGUUUGUCGACCAGGUCCAGCUGCCGUGUGCGUUUGCGUGUCGGAAAGGCGCGGAAUUGUUGCACCACUUAUUCCUCAAGUUUGCGACACGGACAGGACGGAGUGAGCGUGGCGCCCGUAAGGGCGUCACACUCCCACUCUGGUACCGUUUCCUGGACGAGCUGGCCUGGCUUGUGGCGAUGGUCACGCUCGUGGGUAGUCAGCCUGAAUUCCGCAAGCAAGCGGGUCAAAAGAAGAUCAAGCUUUCGCUUUCCUACUCGUUACCAGACCGGCGCAAUUCGCUCUUCUUCUUUACCAACAAUUACCUCCUCGCGCUCUACACGCGCCUGCUCGCUCAAGAAGCACCGCUGCGCCGGUAUGUCAAACGGCGCGGCAUCCUCGCAGCCGCCAAAACCGACGAAGAUCUCGAACUCGGCUCCGAAGCGCCUCCGCCAGAAGACGGCGCCCUGGAUUUCGCUAAAAUCGCCAAGUCCGUCCGCUGGGAAUAG